AUGUUGGUGACCCAAAAUGGCAAUGGUCCUAUGGACGCCAGACUCACUCCGUCGCAACAUAAGUCAAAGGAUCCACAUUCAGGCCCAGAAGUGAAAGACUAUCGCUUCAUUACUUCCGCCAGGGCAUCAAAUAACUUACAUUCUACGAAUGUCAUCAUGGGUCUAGCCUACGCUAUGGUACACGUCCAUUACAACAUACCCUUGGCCAUAACAUUAACCUUGCUCUCAUGGCCUUUCCUUACGCGCCUGGACUGGACCAAAAUCUCAAUUCUUAUCGCAGUAUCAGUGCUUGCAACCAUCCCUUGGGACUCAUACCUCGUGCGCAACCAGAUCUGGACGUAUCCACAAAACGCAGUCCUUGGCUAUACACUGUUCUCCAUUCCGCUCGAGGAGGUCUUCUUUUUUGUUAUCCAGACAUACAAUACCAGUCUGAUUUACAUUGUGCUAACCCGACGAUUGGUCUUCUCCGCGUAUCUCUGUGGACCCUCUCCUGUCUGGAAAACCGCUGGAUCUGUCUUCCUCUCCAUCCUGACGCUGAUGGGUGUUCUUGCCAUGUUUGCGACAGGGCACUACACCUACCUAGGGCUGAUUCUCUCAUGGGCGUGUCCGUUCCUUUUAUUACAAUGGACUUUUUCUUCCGGUUUUCUUCUCGCCUUACCCUCGCGGGAGCUUGUAUCAUCUGUGGCAAUUCCCACCAUUUUCCUGUGGGUUGUUGAUACUCUUGCUUUGAGAAAUGGUCACUGGGUUAUUGAAAAUCCCACCAAACUAGGCAUUCAACUCUGGGAGGGAUUAGACAUCGAAGAAGCAAUUUUCUUUCUUCUUACCAACGUCCUGGUCGUGAAUGGUCUGGUAGUUGCUGAUCGUGCUAUCGCCCUCAGGCAUUUCCGACAGGCUCAUUCCACAGGAGAUGUCUGCGAUGGUCCAUUAUUUACCCGCGUUUUGUUCAACGAUAUUGCCCGAGCGGGGAUGCCUGACGCAUCCUUGGUUUCCCAUCUCUCUCGCGCCGUCAAUUGUCUAGCGCACUCAAGUCAAAGCAUGUAUAUGGGGAGUGCGAUGUUCCAAGGAUCUCUCCGGAUAGACCUGAUUUACCUUUAUUCGUUUUGUCGCGUGGUGGAUGACCUCGUGGACGAAGGUGAGGGCAAACCGCGUGCACGCGCCGUGGUGCAGCAAUGCAAUGACUUGCUUCUUCUCAAAUUCGCUCAUGCGCGCGAGUUUCGAGAGAAGAUCGGUGCCUCGGCGCUGGGUUUAGGUGGCCCUGCUGAGCUAAUCGAGGCUAUCGACAAACUGCCAGUAUCACGGCUUACGAUCCAGCCUCUGCAGAGCUUACUCGAAGGCUUUCGCUUUGAUCUGAGCUUUGAUGCAAAGACAAAUACUUUUCCCAUUGCUCACGAAUCUGACCUAGACCGCUAUUCCUACCACGUUGCCAGCACCGUGGCCCGAUGUAUUCUUGACCUCGUAUUUCACCAUUUCUCCACACAUCCAUCCGCUACAGACCCGUCUCUCCGUCGUAAAGUAGCCUUUGCUGCUGAGCAGAUGGGGAAGGCGUUGCAGUAUGUCAAUGUGGCUCGGGAUAUUGGCCGCGAUGCAGCAAUUGACCGUGUCUACCUGCCGACGAGUUGGCUGAACGAAAUUGGUCUCUGCCCUGCGGAUGUUAUUUUUUGUCCUUCAGACCCUCGUAUGGAGAGACUACGAUACAGACUUAUCACCCGAGCUAAGAGCCUCUAUUCUGAGUCAGAAGUGGCGUUUCAGUAUCUACCGAUACAGGUUCAGGGGCCUCUGCGAGCAACGGUCGCAAGCUAUAUGGAAAUAGCGACUGUCUUGGAAAAAGGCGUUCGGCCACGUAGGCCCAACCAGAAGCUGAAGCUGUCGUUCGGGCGACGACUGGUUGUCGCCUAUAUGGCCAUGAGCAAUAUGGGACUCUCCACGUGUCGCAGUUAG